CCGCGGGAGGGCACGUGGCCGGCCGAGGCGCGCCCGCGGAGGAAGGCGCCCCCUGCCCUGCCCUGCCCUGGCCGCCCCGCCAUGGGCCCGUGGCUGCGCUCCGCCGGGCUGGUGGCGGGCUCCACCGCGCUCUUCGGGGCGCUCCGCUGGGGCCUGCGCGGCUGCCCGUUGCCGGCUCACGUGCGCCGCGACGCCACCCGCACCUGGCGCUGGAGGAACCUGCUCGUCUCCUUCGUCCACUCCAUCGUGGCGGGGAUCUGGGCCGUGACCGGGGUUUGGCAGAUGCCGGAGAUCUUCACGGAUAUCAUCAACAAAGCCCCUCCUUCCGGUCGGCUGCUGCUGUGCUUUGCAUCAGGUUAUUUCAUCCAUGAUUCCCUUGACAUCAUCCUCUGCCGGCAGUCCCGUGCCUCUUGGGAGUACUUGGUUCAUCAUGCUAUGGCCGUCUCUGGCUUGUUCUCAGGGAUUUUACUGGACCGCUUUGUUGGGGCAGGGCUGAUCUCGCUCUUUGUGGAGGUGAGCAACAUCUUCCUGACCGUCCGGAUGAUGAUGCGGCUCGGCAAACUCCCAUUCCCCACCCUCUACCGGAUCAACAAGUAUGCCAACGUGGUCGUAUACUUUCUCUUUCGCCUGGCACCCCAGGCCUACUUGAGCUGGUACUUUGUGCGGUAUGUGGAGGUGCGCGGGCAGGGUGCCUUCCUCAUGUUCAACUUGGUGCUCCUGGACAUCAUGAUCCUGGUGUACUUCUCGCGCUUGCUGCGCUCCGACUUCUGCCCUGGCGCACGGCAGCAGGGCCCCGACAGCGAGAAGAAGUUCCUCAUAGACUGACUGUGCCCCGGAACCCCUGGCGGGGGAGGGGGAGAGCACAUUGAUCCUGGCCUUGGACUCGAAUUCUGUCACACCCACGUGCCUUAACUGUCAUAGAUCGUGCAUUCACUGUGCUGUUCCUUGAAGCCAUUUCUUCCCUGUUGGCCAGUUGGGGAUUGGGGGCAUAGAGAGCCAGCUGGAGGGGUCUGAGUCUCAGAUGGAGACUCUCUUGAAAAAAACACCACCACCCAGGCUGAUCCGAGCUCAGCGGGGAUGAAAGAAGGGACAGGGAAUUGGUCUUCUGUGUUUCUUGUUGCUACGUUCAUGCAUUAAAGUCGGUUUUCACCCUAAAUCCA